AACAAUAUGGCGUUGCAUUCCGGAGCAUUUUUGUUGUGUUGUCAAAAGUUGGCCGCAAAUUCCGCUGUUUUUGCCCAAAAAUCUCUAUAAAAUCAGUGUUUUGUGACUUUCUGUGGCCCUAGGAUGCAUCAUUGAGUACCUAGUUGGACGACAGAGUGGGCAAUUGGACGUGAAAAUCAUGAGUUUCUCAAGUGAUGAGGUGAACUUCCUGGUGUACCGCUAUCUCCAAGAGUCAGGUUUCCACCAUUCGGCAUAUACCUUUGGGAUAGAGUCGCACAUAUCGCAGAGCAACAUAAAUGGGGCAGUUGUGCCUUCAGCGGCGCUGCUGACGAUGCUCCAGAAGGGGCUGAAGUACACGGAAGCGGAGAUCAGUGUGGAUGAGGAUGGGAAUGUGCAUCGGCUGACGGAGGGUCUGACGCUCAUUGAUGCUGUGAUGCCUGAAGUGGUGGCCAUCAGGCAGAAUUUGCACAAUCAGCAGAAGCAGGCCAUCAAGACGGAGCCGGCAAGUGGCGGUGAGACAAAUGGGGAGGAAUCAACUGUUGCAGCAGCCCCUGCGCCCGUAGACACAAUGGAAGUGGAUCAGAGUAUUGAGAUCCCAGCGUCAAAAGUGACAGUGCUGAGGGGGCAUGAGAGUGAAGUUUUUAUUUGUGCCUGGAAUCCAAGUACUGAUCUCCUGGCUUCGGGUUCCGGAGACAGUACAGCCAGGAUCUGGGAUCUAUCGGACAAUAGCACCAGCCCGGAUCAACUGGUGCUGCGUCACUGUAUCCAGAAAGGGGGCACAGAGGUGCCCAGUAACAAAGAUGUCACUUCGUUGGAUUGGAAUUGCGAUGGAACUCUCCUGGCCACGGGCAGCUAUGACGGAUAUGCUAGGAUCUGGACCACAGAUGGUCGACUUGCGAGCACUCUGGGACAACAUAAGGGGCCAAUCUUUGCGCUCAAGUGGAACAAGAGGGGCAAUUAUAUCUUGUCAGCCGGAGUGGACAAGACAACCAUCAUCUGGGAUGCUUCCACUGGUCAGUGCACUCAGCAGUUCUCCUUCCAUUCGGCCCCGGCCCUGGAUGUUGACUGGCAGACAAAUACCAGCUUUGCCAGCUGCAGCACUGACAUGUGCAUCCACGUCUGCAAACUCCACGCCGACAAGCCCAUCAAGUCCUUCCAGGGGCAUACCAACGAGGUGAAUGCUAUCAAGUGGGAUCCUCAGGGUCAUCUGUUGGCCUCCUGCUCCGACGACAUGACCCUCAAGAUCUGGUCGAUGAAGCAGGAUACGUGCGUGCAUGAUCUCCAGGCGCACUCCAAGGAGAUCUACACGAUCAAGUGGAGCCCAACUGGUCCAGGUACAGCAAAUCCCAAUAUGAACCUCAUCCUGGCCAGUGCAUCCUUCGAUUCCACUGUCCGACUCUGGGAUGUGGAACGUGGCGUUUGCAUCCAUACGCUCACUAAGCACACUGAACCCGUCUACUCUGUCGCCUUCAGUCCGGAUGGGAAGUUUCUGGCGUCCGGGAGCUUUGAUAAGUGCGUGCACAUUUGGAGCACACAAACGGGACAGUUGGUGCAUAGCUACAAGGGUACAGGGGGCACCUUUGAAGUGUGCUGGAACUCACGUGGAAGCAAAGUGGGCGCCAGUGCUUCGGACGGGAGCGUCUUUGUGCUGGAUCUCAGGAAAUUGUAGAACAUUCGCAGUAUACUUUUUCUUAUUUUGCUACAAGUCACAUAUUUUUGAGGAUUUCCAGAAUGAGAGAGGACUUCUUUUUUUACUUCGAGCUGGCCAAGUGUUUUUUUUUUUUUGGAGAUGGCUAAUAAAGGACGUUUAAUCUGAGACAAAAUACUGAAUGGCUUUUGGGGAAGGAUUUGCAAAAUAGGAAUCUUCAAAGUAAGUAAAAAGUCUUUUUGAUUUGAUUCCGAUAAAGCAAUUCAAGUGAGUAGGAAAGAAAUGGGAUGUUCUAGGUUCCAGAGGAAAUUGUGAAACAUAAAUAAGGACCUUUCCAAAUUGUAUUUAUAAAACGGAUAAAUAUCCAAGAUUUUAAUAGUUACAGAAAUAAAAGGAGCAUUUAAAAUUCUUAAAAUUAGAAAA